AUGAGUGGCCAAUGCUGUCUCGUCAAUGUGUUCAAGCUGCACCACGGCAUUGACCAUCCCAAGUCCACCGAGGUGCGCUUCUGGAAACCGGUGGCCGGACGACAGGACGUCGCACCGCCCAAGUCAAGGCAAGCCUCUUCCGAGGCGACGAACUGGGGUAGUAGCUCGGCACUAGCGGAGACCUCCCUCGAUGUCCAGUCUUAUGUCCUGGCGGCGCUGACCGCGACCGGCGGCGUCAUUGGCUUUGCCAGAACGGGUUCUGUGCCCUCUGUUGUUGCCGGCGUGGCCGUGGGUGUCCUGUACGGCCUCGGCGGCUUGCGGCAGCAGAACCGCCAGCCGUAUGGCGUCGAGCUGAGCCUUCUCGCCUCGGUCGUCCUGGGCGGCGCGUCGAUCCCGCGUGCCAUCCGCCUGCGCAAGCCGGUGCCAGUGAUGCUCAGUCUGAUCGCUGCCUACGGCCUGUACAAGUUUGGCAGCGCCUACUUCCGCAAACCAUAG